UUUAAUUUUGUUAUGUUUAUGUUGUGUGUUCAUUGUUUUACAAAUUCUUAGUAAUUAUUAUUGUACUUUACAAUUUACAAUAUUUUUUUUUAAAUUGAUCAGUUAUCACUAAUUAUUAAUACACAUUUAUUUUAGUUGUCUAAUUUGUUUAUAAUCAUUUCCAUAAUAUUAUAGUCACACUAUCUAUUAAUUAUUGGCAGAUUAACAAUGGAAUUAUCUGUUAGUGGACCAUCAUUUGAAGAAAUUCAAAUUCCUGUACCAUUCGGUUUUGUAAGUGGUAAAUGGUGGGGAUCAAAAGAUAAGCAGCCUAUAAUUGCAAUUCACGGAUGGCAAGAUAAUGCUGGAACUUUUGAUCCUUUAAUCGAAUUACUACCUAAAGAUUUAUCUAUUUUAUGUAUAGAUCUACCAGGACAUGGGCGAUCUUCUCAUAUCCCUUUGGGUUUACCUUAUUAUAUAUUUUGGGAUGGCCUAGCUAUUUUAAGAAGAAUAAUCAGACAUUAUAAUUGGAGAAAAGUUUCUAUUAUGGGUCAUUCUUUGGGUGCAGCUAUUGGAUUUUUAUAUGCUGCAUCAUACCCUGAUGAUACGGAAAUGUUGAUAUCUAUUGACACAGUAGCACCAGUCAUUUUUGAUCCAAGUGAAAUUGUUAAAAAUACAGGACCAAAUAUUGAUAAACUCAUAUAUUAUGAUGCAUUAGGACUUGAUAAAAUGCCUUCUUAUAAAUAUUCAGAGAUGAUUGAUUUAGUCGUUGAUGGACAUCAUGGAACAUUGACUCGCAAAUCUUGUGAAAUACUUAUGAGACGUGGAAUGUAUCGAGUUAAAGAUAACAAAUAUUUGUUUUCAAGAGAUAUACGUCUUAAGGUUGCGUGGAUGGGUUUACCAUCUCUAGAUGUAGUUAUAGCAUUUGCUGGUCAAAUAACAUGUCGCUAUAUGAAUAUCAAAGCUAAACCAUACAGAUCAUUAGAUAACUGGCCAGUUUAUUCACAAAUCUUGGAAAUAAUAAAAAUGAAUGCAAAAGACUUUGUUUUUAAAGAAUAUGACGGUACUCAUCAUUUACAUCUUAAUAACCCCGAGUGUUUAGCUUCAGAUGUUACAACUUUCAUUCAACAGUCUAUAAGCUGAUCAUUAUGAUAUCAUAUAUCUAACAUGUCAACAGGUUCGCUUUACCAUCAUUUGAUGUAACUAACGAAUUUGCAAAACAGAUUCGUUGUCGUUACUUAAUGAUCAAAGCAGUUCCAGGUAGGGUGCGUGAUAAUUGGUCACUUUUUCAAAGUAUUUUAGAAACGAU